ACUCUAGUAUUAAUGGGGGAUUUCGUUUUUACUUUAUGUUUAUAGUUUUUUUUGUCGAACAGUGACGAGUUGGUAGGCACUUACCUCCUCACGUGGAGAUCUACUUGCGACUGUGGCCUCAGAAAUUCCAACAAGAAUCACAUCAAUCAUGUCAUCCUACACCGACCUCUACGACCGCGAGCGGAGCUGCCAAAGGUAUUUUCUUUUUUUGUGUCAUGUAUGAGCAUGAGUAGCUGAAGCCCAGCGACAUGACGAUACGGAGCUUGUUUGAAUUUCGUACGUAAAUGUCAACCAUAACCGUGAUCGGAUGAUGCGUGAGUACUUCUGAAACGUACGCUUACGCAAAAAAAAAAACCUUCAAUCUUGAAAAUGCUUUUGCAGGUCCGGCAGCAGGUGCAAGCACCCCACCUUGGAUAAAAAGGUGAAAGCGAAGCGGAGCCAGUCCGCCCCCCGCUGCGGUCAGCGUGGCCGUGCCGGGUUGAUGGCGCUCUCCGCCGGUGCGGCGAAGGUCAGUCUCGUGGACGCGUAUGAGCCGCCCAAGAAGAAUUUUCGCGGAGGCCGAGACGAGGAUGACUCCGUUCUUGGGCUGAAUGCGGACGGAGAUGCGGAGGCCGCGAAACCGGAGUCCAGCCAGGCGACCGACGAGAUUAUCGAAGAGAUCAGCCACGAUGGUAUCCAUUGAUAUGAUAAAGAUUGAAAAAGAUAAUCUGAGUCACAUUCAUAUAAAAAUGAUAUUUGUCGAUUUUUUAAAGUUUUUAGUUUCGCACUUUCAUUUUUCGUUUAUUUGGAGCGCUGAACCAGAAGUUGAUCAUGAUCAUGAUGCAGGAGCGUUCACAGCAGAUUUCUGCUAACGGGUGUAUAUCAACUUCAGUUAUCUUGUCAGAAAUAUGUGUGUAUUAUCCUCGUCUUCCAUACCUAGAAGUAGAACUCAAUCGAAACACCAGAUAUUUCGAGCUCGUCGUACGUCUCGACCCACGUUCUCGGACGAAGCUGGAGGUGCGCGUACAAGAGGGGGGAUGCAGGAAAAGGGUGUCUUCCGGUGACUCGUUUCACUCGUGUCGCCAACGAAGAAGAGCCUGCCUUUGGCGGCAAUGGACAAGACUGCUGCGUCGAGAACGAGUGGGGCGGCGGAUUCAAGACCUGCACCGCAAGGGAUUUUACGAUGUACGACAAUCGACGGAGGGAGGGGUGCGAGCGGGCCUACGGUGGCUGGGUCCCGGCGUUGUUGAACCCGCUCGCGUACAUCCCGAAUCGUCACCAGAUUGUUCCGCGUUGAAGCUAAAGUGAACGUGUUCGCCUUUUGAACGAGUUUUUCUUCUGUUUGUUCUUUGUGUAGUUUGUUAUGCCUUGCCGCUCUGCCGCUGGAUGACUGCAAUUUAAGUAUAUUGGCGUUAAAAAUUAGUUGUCAUUUUUCACAGCCAAAUUGCCUGCUACCAUAUCUUCAAAAUAAAGCACCGAUAAAAAAAGAAAUUGUUUAUUUACUUCGACGUUUAGCUUUUGGCAAAAAAAAAGAUCUAUAUUGAAAUUAGUUGUUCCGACGUGUUGGAACCUCCACAGAAGCGGCCUCUUCAUCUGUCUCUUCGAUCACAUACCUCCGAUAGGUGUGCGGGUUGAAAAAUGUAUUUAGGGUUUUGUUGCACUUCGAAUUAUUUUACCAAAUGCUAGUUUGAAAUCGGUUGAUUGACUUGAACAUUUGCCAUUUCCCUCGUUUGAGUUCCACUUGUGUUGUAAAAUUAAAUUUCAUCUUCUUGAUGGAGUCUAAAGUUCGAGAAAUCUGUUAUGUAUUAAUUUUAAAAUAUAUUCGGGAUCCUGAUUGUAAUAUUGUGGUUGGUCGUGGUCCCGGACUCCAGGUUCAUAUUUUUGAAGACAUGGCAAGGAAGAUCGAGGUGGUCCGCUGGAGUCCGAGGACGCAAUUCAAAAUUAAAUACCCGGAGGUCGAUCUGAAAGUCGACUUUGUCGAGGUAAGAAAACGCUUCUAAAGACCUAAUAAACGACCUCUAGUACACACAAAUUUGGG